AGAAUGGCUUUCAAACCCGUGACACACUGCAUCUUCGAUUUCGACGGUCUGCUCGUGGACACCGAGAGGCUCUACUUCAAGAUCAUCGACGAUGUCCUCAAGGAAUUCGGUCAUCGUUACACCGUGGAGAUCAAGCUCAUGGUUCUUGGCUGCACAAGGAAGGAUUGUGCAAGAAUUGUCAUCGAUCAUUGCCGUCUGAACAUCACAAUCGAUGAAUUCCUUCGCCUCAUGGAAGAGAAAUGCAUUGAGACACUACCAAAAUGCCAGUUGCUCCCCGGCGCAGAACGGCUCGUUCGCCAUCUCGUCAAGAAAGGAAUCCCGAUCGCUAUCGGCACCAGCAGCUCACUCGCAGCGCUCGAGCUGAAAACGACUCAUCAUGGGGAUUUCAUGAAGAAUUUUACCCAUCUGGUCAGUGCUACGGACGACCCGGAAGUCGCAGCUGGGAAACCCGCACCCGACGUCUUCCUAGUGUGUGCCCAGCGAUUUGAGUCCCCCCCGCAGGCUAGUCGAGUUCUGGUGUUCGAGGAUGCUCCUAAUGGUGUUCGGGCAGCUCUGGCCGCCGGAAUGCAAGCGGUGAUGGUGCCCGACCCAGCUGUCGUUACUCAGGAUCAGCGCAAUGAAGCCACGCUCUGUUUGAACUCUCUCGAGCACUUUGAGCCCGAACUUUUUGGCCUCCCUCCAUUCGACGAUGAAAUCCUGAGCGAAUCACCUCCCCUCAAUCCCAGGAAUCUCUAGACUUCUCCCCGAAUCGGCCCGACUUCCCGAGGGAAUUUCCCGGUUGAGAAAUUUCCGCGGAGGUCUGGAGCCAUGCAGAACGCUCAUCCUCCAAGAAGCCUGACCAUACGGAAAACUAAAGCGUAUAUAAUUGUGACAUAAGUGUGAAUCGAAGGAUCUGUAUCAUUGAAAGACUGAUGCAUUCGAGAAUUGAGAAAUGAAAAACACACAACUGAUGAUGAACUUGAUGGAGAAGAGUUUUCUUCGCGACAGAAUGCGUUUCUCGGAGAGCCUCUCGAGAUUCUCUUAGCACUCGGUCAGCAUCGAGCUUUGGCGACCGAUCCACUUGGCGAUUCGAUGGCGGAACUAAGCACUGUAGAUUCAUGCCGAAGUUCAUCCCGAGUUACAGGCCUCAACCUUUGAGACUACGAAUAACUACUAUUGGAAUAAUUGGAAUAUAAGCUAGAGUAUCGAGUCCGCCCGGACUCCACCA